GGAUUCUGUUAUAUUUAGUGGUGAGACUUUUUAGUCAUGAUUUGCGCUAUAUUUUUAACAAAACGUUUUGAGUUGCGUAUUUUCAUUUAGUAUACGCUGAAAGGUGGAGAGAAUACAACCAAAAUUGGCUCAUUUUGUUCCAAAGUUAGGAGCAUGCUUAUCUUUAUGGGGAUUCUGUUUUUGAUAAGCUGCUACUGCUAAAACAGCUAAUAAAUACUCUAACACUUCGACAAGCUUCAUAUCUCGCACGUGGUAGACAAUAAAACUAUGGACGACCUUGCCUUUUAAAACAUCUGGGCGAUGGUAGUGACUUUGAGAAAACCUACCUGCCCACCAGAGUCGAAUGGAGUUAACAAAUAAGUAUAGGGAAUUGGGAUCAGUACUUAGAUUCAGAAUUCAAGUAAAACACCGACAAUCUAAUUGUUUGUUGGUUCUUAAAGAGGUUAUUGAACAAAACAAAGCAAUCGAGGCAACUAUUAUACGCGAAGUUUCAUUACUUCAAAAUUUAAAACAUACAAAUAUUUUAACAAUUGUCGGUGUGGUUAUUCGAAAUAGACAAUUUUGUCUUAUUACUGAAUAUAUUGAAAAAGGUAGUUUACAUUCAUUAUGCUUGGAUAAAAUUAAAUAUCCAUUUGAUUGGAUUAAAAUAAUAACAUUUGGUCGUGAUAUUGCAUCAGGGAUGGCUUAUUUACAUAAACAUGAUGUUAUACAUCGGGAUUUAACAACUCUUAAUUGUCUUGUACGACGAGAUGACUCUGUAGUUGUGUCUGACUUUGGAUUGUCAAAAUUAGUUCAGUCAAUUCCGUCUUGUAGACAGAAAACAGAAGAAAAAUGCUCCGAUCACACAACAACAAAUGACUCCGCAUCAAUAAUUCAAGAUUCUUCUUUUGAUACUUCAAAUAACACCUAUGUUCAACGUAAUCAUACUCCUCGUCUUAGACGUCAUCAUGCAUACAAUCAUCCAAGAAGACAUACUGUAGUUGGUAGUCCAUACUGGAUGGCUCCAGAAAUGAUAGCUGGUCAACCAUAUGAUAAUUCAGUAGAUGUAUAUUCAUUUGGUACAAUUAUGUGUCAAUUAAUUCUACGUACAAAUGCUGAUCCAGAUAACUUAAUACGUGAUGCAAAAACUUUGUGUAUAGAAAUGAAUGAAUUAAUGAAGCUAGAAAAUUUUCCUAUCAAUACACCACCAAUAUUAUUAAACAUGACAAGUCAAUGCAUUUCAUUGGAUCCAAGAAAUAGACCUUGUUUGAUUCAUGUGUUGGACUACUGGAACAAUGUUUAUUAUAUUAUUAUCUGGACAUCAAUCACAACAGGUUAUAUUUCGAAACUCUUCUAAAGACAUUCCACAGUUAAUGACAACAAUACGAAAGGGGAGAUUCUGAUCAUCAGGAUCCUGAUGUUAAUAAUAUUGAUCAAUCGUACAUAUAUAUCCUUGUAUGCAUAUUUGUAAUGAUCAUUUUAUAUGAUAAUAAUUCUUAAACAAGUGAGAUAUUUGUAAAUUUUCUUUUUAGUUAAGUAACUUGGUUAUAUUUUCCACUUGAUCAUAGCCAUAAAUUUCACUCGAAUGAAAUGAUGUCAUAUGCGUACCCUACUGUUGUAUGAAUUUUCAUUACCCGAAUAUUAUAUUUCUAUGUUAUUAAACGAAGAAAUAAAUCUCUAUUUUAAUGUGAAAUUAAGUUUUGUAUCCUGUUUCCCUGUUACUAAUCCAUCCCUUAUUUUUUUAAUCGGUUAUGACUUAUAUUGAAUUGAUAAAAUGAGAUUACAACUCUUCAACAACUUAAAUGUAAUCAUUAUAUUUCUCUGUAUUGGUGUUUGGAGCCAUUUGAUAAAGAAUUAGGACUGGUUAUUUUCUUUUGAUUUUAUUGAAUUCUCUAAGCUUAAUGGUUGGAUUGUAAAGUUUUCGUUGUUGUUCUGGACAACAUGUUCAGUGUCUUGUUGACGUAAAAAUGCCUUGCUUAAUUACUAUUCUACAAGCGUUUAAUCAGUCUAUGUUGACGAAUUUGUCUGUAACUCUUGUCUUCGUAGUUUUGUUAACUUUUGGUUUGUAUUUUUAUUUGAUUGGUCGUUUUUCGCGUAACUGGUUGUCUGUUUCCGUAUAGAUUUGUAGAUUAAGUCUAUAUAGAUACGGUUACUGGUUAGUCUGUG